UGGAAUUUCCAGACCUGGGGGCACGAUCAGCACUGCCAAUGGUGGAGUUACUGAAAUUGGAAUGACACAAGAGGCUAGAAUUGCUGGAGUGGAGCAGAAAGUCUGUGAUGGAACCAGGCUCCCUGGUCCGAGUGGUCUUCGAUUUCCUGCCCAGUGUCUCAGAGGAGCUGCCUAUAUUUGCGGGUGAUGUCAUUGAAGUGUUGAGUGUGCUUGAUGAGUUCUGGCUACUAGGGAAGAAAGACGGUGUGACUGGGCAGUUCCCCAGCAGUUUUGUGGAAGCUGUCUCCAUUCCGAACACCAAACUAGGGGAGAGGCUGUGUGUUUGCAUCAAUGACUUUGUCGCUGCCACCAGCAGUGACCUGUCUCUCCGCCGUGGUGACAUUGUGGUUGUGGAAGACUCUCCCGAUGGAUACUGGCUCAGAGGACGCACUAACUGGGGCCUGUGCGGCAUGUUCCCAGCCUCCUGCGCCCGGGAGCUGCGUCUCUCAUCCCGGGCCCGCCAGCUCUCCCGCCAUUUGGGGGUCAAGUUGCCAGAUUAUGGCCUGGGCCUUGCCCGAGCCCUGAUGAGCCUCUCUGCCCAGCUGCCCGAGGAGCUGGACUUCACUGAGGGUGACCUCAUUACCAUCGUGGGCCUGCCUGAGCCUGGCUGGUAUGAGGGAGAGCUGGAUGGCAGGCGUGGGAUCUUCCCUGAGGGCUUCGUGGAGCUGGUUGGCCCCCUGCAGACCCCCGAGGGGACAUCUGGGUCUGGGCUGGGUGGCCGUGAGGAGGAGGAGGAGGAGGAGCAGGACGUUGAGGAGGAAGGCAAUGGCAUUGAAGAGGAAGGGGAGGAGGGCAUUGAGGGGGAAGGAAAUGUGGAGGGAUCGGCAGCCCCAGGAGUUUACGUAGUGGCCAUGUAUGAUUUCCAGGCCCUGGAGCCUGAGGAGCUAGACUUUGUUAGGGGUGAGCGGAUCAGGGUGACUGAGACUCUGGAGGAUGGUUGGCUGCAGGGGUCAGUCGGGGGUCGGACUGGGAUUUUCCCAUUCCGGUUUGUAAAACUGGAGGGGGAUGGGCAGCUGGGGGGCUUGGAGCAGUUCGGUGCCAGGCCGACAGCCCAGGGGCUAGACUCCACUGGGAGGGGAACCUUCACUGAGCCGGUGUUGACCCCUGACUCUGCAGGGACACGUGGUAACCGUGGCCAGGUGACCCAAGCUGGGCCGACAUCGAGCCAACCUGUCUCAUUCCAGAGUCGGGGGUCGGCAGAGAUUCCUCAGAUCCCAGCUGUGCCAGCAGCUCCAGAUCCGGAGCGGCUGAGCGGGGAGGGUGACCUGGGUCAGCAGAAGUCAGGGGUGAGGAGUUGGAGCCCCACCCCUGUGACCCCUCAGGGCAGUGGCUGGUUGGGUUUGGGCCUGGCUCCCGGGGGUGACCUGGACACCAAGUGCUCCGAGCAAAUCGAGGAGUUCAACCGCAGCAUGCCAGGCCUGAGGUCAGAGGUCAGUCCAGCAUUCCGCCGCCACUUCUCCAUUUCAGACUACAGCACCGAGCAGGAUGUCGCCAGUGGCUCCCCCCAGAGUCCGGGCCGCUUUGCCAGGCCCCCUCCUCCCCGCCCUCGGGGCUCUGCCCCCUCUCCUUGGCCCCCCUCUCCGCCUCGGCCUCUCCGCCCCUCGAGGCCUGCGCCCCUACCCCCUCCCCAUGCCUACUCCCGCAAGGGGUGCCCCUGCCCACGGAGGAGCCCCCAGCCCAGACCAGCUGGGGGGUGUCAUCCGCUGCUGGAAGCGGGCAGCGAGUCGGAAGGUGCGCCCCUCCCCCGGGGCCCGAGCCCCAGCCCCCUGCUGUCCAGGAUCCAGGAGUUGGAGUGGGACUUGGAGAUGCACUACCAGACCCAGGAGGCUCUGAGGGUCAUGGUUGAGAGACCGGCCGAGGAGAGUCUUCGUUCUGAGGCACUGGAGAACCUGGAAAUCUGCUCCUAUAGCAUCAAGACGUUGGAAGGAGAGCUUCAGACUUUGAAAGACAUGACACUUUUAUCCAAUGACCACCGUGCUCUGGAACCAGCCCUACCAGAGAGCCCCAGUCAGAAGAUGAUGGAUAAGAGGGCAAAGGUCAUCGAGGAGCUGCUGCAGACAGAGGCUGAUUACAUUAAGGACCUGGAGAUGUGUGUGCACAAGGUGCUCAUCCCCCUCCAAAACAAACAGUUACAGCAGGUCGACUGUGAGGCUCUCUUCGGAAACAUUCAGACGGUUAUAGAGGUUUCCAAGCGGCUGCUGAUGGAGCUGGAGGGUACUGACAGUAUAGGCCAUGUGUUCCUGUCCUUCAGGAAUGAGCUUGAGGAUAUGUACAACAUUUACUGUCAAAACCAUGAGGAGGCCAUCGCUCUCCUGGAGAUAUAUGAGAAGGACAAAGAGAUUCAGGGGCAUAUGAACGCGUGCCUGGAUCACCUACGGGCAAUUUAUCGUCAGUGGGGCAAAACAAAUUACAUCAACCUGGGUUCAUUUCUCAUUAAGCCAGUGCAGCGAGUUAUGAGGUACCCGCUGCUUCUGAUGGAGCUGCUGAACGCUACCCCAGAGACACACCGAGACAAAAAGCCGCUAGGAGAAGCUGUACUUGCUGUGAAGGAUCUCAACGUUAACAUCAAUGAGUACAAACGGCGCAAAGACCUAGUUCUGAAGUAUCGGAAAGGGGACGAGGACUCGCUGAUAGACAAGAUCUCGAAACUGAGCAUGCAUUCCAUCAUAAAGAAAUCCAACCGGGUUAGCAGCCACCUCAAACACCUGACAGGCCUCGCUCCCCAGAUUAAGGAUGAGGCAUUUGAGGAGGCAGAGAGGAGGUUUCAAGUGCAGGAGCGGCUCAUUAAAUCCUUCAUCCGCGAUCUCUCCCUCUAUUUACAACACGUGCGGGAGUCUGUGUCAGUGAAGGUCCUGGUAGCUAUGAGUACCCUGGACAUAUAUGGGGAGAAGAAUCACCCAGACCUGGAGAGCUUCCAGCGAGCGCAUCGAUUCAUCAGUGACAACCUCUUCACCAACUUUAAAGAGCGGACUGAGACCCUCGUCAUCGCCCCCUUGAACCAGCUCCUGGGGAUGUGUGCGGGGCCCCACAAGCUGAUCAUCAAACGCUUCGACAAGUUGCUGGACUACAACAAUUGCAAGGAGCGAGCCGAGAAACUAAAAGACAAGAAGGUGCUGGAUGAGCUACAGGCAGCCAAGAGCAACUACGAGGCUCUCAACGCCCAGCUCCUCGACGAGCUGCCAAAGUUCCACAAGAGUGCCGAACAACUCUUCAUCAACUGCAUGCAAGGGUUUGCUGAGGCCCACCAGGAGUUUGUGGGCCUGACGCUGAAUGAGCUUCAGCCGUUGUCACAGUUCCUCACGGUGGUGAGUAAGGACACCAGUAUCGUGGCCUCGUUCCAGGAGCAACAUGCCAAAGCCAUACAGCUACUCCAAGUCUUCAGUUUCUUCCCCGACACACUCCCUCCCUCCAGAAAGCCAUUUGAUCGGAAGACUACAGACCGGCAAUCAUCGAGACUGCAAGCAUCGACCAUGCCAAUCACCAUGUUUCAGACAGACGAACAGCGGGCCGCCUUACUGGCAAAGUACGAACCAGACAAGCUCUAUCAGACGGACCGAAACUUCAACGCUGCUCAACAACUGGAUGUUUCCCUGCUGGAAGGAGACCUGGUCGGGGUGAUUAAGCAGCAAGAUCCCAUGGGCAGUCAAAAUCGCUGGCUGGUGGACAAUGGGGUGAUGAAGGGUUUUGUGUACAGUUCCUUUCUGAAGCCAUACAAUCCACGACGGAGUCAUUCUGACAUCUCGGUAGGGAGUCACUCCUCCAAUGAAUCUGGUUAUGGUGGGUCAUCUCCGGUCAUCUCACGGCAGAACAGCACCUCGGCCGCGGUAGUGAACCCCUCGAGUAGCAUGGCCUUGUGUUCCUCCCAAUCGCAUGUUGCACCAGAGACUGUGGACGCCCCUCCCCCGAAGGCAGUGUCACAGCGGCGGAAUGUACCAGAACCUUCACUGCCACAUGUGGCCGCGUCCCCUCCCUUGCCAAACCCGGCUGACACCCCCUCCUUGUUGUCGUCCUCGUCACUCUCGUCGCCGACACGCCCAGCCCCUCAGGUGCAUCGGUCCAACACCUAUGACCCACCAGCCAGCUCCCAUCAGUCACCCGCGCCUCACCGGCCACGUGCCAAGGAUUCCUACCUGACUGUGCAGCCAAAACGGUUCAACCAGAUGGAAUACUCCCUGCCGCGGAAAUCCCGGGACUGUAAGCGAGAGCUGCGCAGGACCUCAUCGCAGGAGGGGUAUUUGGAAGCCAACGACUAUGAUCCUGGGCAGCAGGUUUACUAUGCGAUCUACGAUUUCAGAGCUCGAUGUGCUAAUGAACUCUCCAUUGUUAACAACCAGCGAGUACGAAUCCUCCGGUUCCAGGAUAUGAAUGGAAACCGGGAAUGGUGGCUGGCAGAAGCUAAUGGAAAACGGGGAUAUGUCCCCGCCACUUACAUCAGAAAAACCGAAUACACGUGAAGAAAACAGACAAAAUGGGGAGCGGGAAAAACCUGGAAAAGACUACAAGUACAUCCCUCAUGUAUUUAAAGACAAUUGAGCACAAGAGCAACGAAUGUCUCUCCCUCCAAACUCCAGACAGAGGAGGAAGCUUUUCGAUUGGUUUUGGUGUCUUAUUCCUCCAAAGAUGUUUCUCAGAGUUUUGGUUUAAACUGACCAAAUGGAAUAAUUGCUGGAACUAAUCCAGGUCAAACCUACUUGGCGUUAUACAAAAAUGACCUCAAUUGACCAAAUACCAGUGAUAAAAUAUAAAAUAUAUAUGACUUUUUAUAUUAUAUGUGUAUUAUAUAUAUAUAUAGAAAUAUAUAGAUAUACAAUUGCAGAACAAUUCUUUUUAAGAACAAACAGUAUUUUAUACCAGCUGAUCCUGUCUCUUCUCCCUGCCACCACUGGUUCCAUUGCCAUUUCCAAGGCAUCAUUUCCCAUCAUGCAUUUGCCUGAAACCAUAGCAACCUACGUUUUAUUCGGGACAAAGGCAGCAUUUAUUAAAAACUGCCGAGAGAGUUGUGUCCAGUCAGUGAGAGAGCUUUCACGUGACCUCAGGUGAUUACUUCCGGUGGGAGCAGCCUUUCGAGGCAGGCCGCAGUUGAUCCGCACAUCUCCAGCUAUUCUGAAAUGUGACAAUGCAGCAUUUUUCAGUCGAGCAUGUCCUCAAGACCGUGCAACGGGUAUUUUACGUGACACACAGUGAGCAGAAGCUUGUAACGCAGCCAGCUGGAAUAUUAUUUCUGGAAGUUGACUUUUGUGAAGCCUUGGUGGUAAAUUUGUUCAUUUAAAUAAAUUCUGUUGUUCUGACAGGGAUGAGAAGACUGUAGGUGGUAUGUCUGGUUCAUGAUGUGGAUGGAGUAAAACUAAAUGGGGUGCCUGAUGGGUUUGAGUGAGGGAGAGGUGGUGCCCAGGUGCUUUCGCAAACCAAAUGCCUGAGUAAUGGGUUGUCAGCAGCAAAAGGCAUCACACUGCAGAAAAGUAGGAGGUGAAGCGCCAUAAUCUGUGUUGAAUGGCAGAAUAGGUAUAAGGGGCUGAAUAAACUCUCUUCAAAACAGCAAUAGACAGGUAAUACGAGGGGAAACAUCCUGCCUUAAGCCUGAAAUGGCAGAGGAUGUGGCUGUGUGUCAAGAAUGCACCUUGUUUCGGUUUUCGGGGGGGGGGGGUGGGAACAGGCUAUCGAGUUGGAUGAUCAGCUGUGAUCACGUUGAAUGGAGCAGCAGUCUAGGUAGGGCCAACUGGCCUACUUCUGCGCCUGUCUUUUGCCUCUAUGGGUGCGUGUCUGUACCUUUUUUUGCUUUCUGUCCAGUCCCAGAGCUGAUGCAGUCCUUAACAUAUCCAGCAUGGUGUUUACUGGAUAUUCUAACAAACCCCGAGAGGCAGCUCACCCUCGCGACAGCAGCAUCCAUUUGCGACCCACGCUCCUUUCCCUCUCUCCUCCUCCUCCCACCCCCACAGGCAGUAACUACGGAGUUUUCGGCUGGGUUUUCCUGGCUCUCGGCCACAUACAGUAUCAGUAUCCCUAAAGGCAGCCAGCUGUUGAUGCCCCUCGACCUCCUAUUGUGGACGUAGGAGACCCCCAGCACAAUUCAGUGAUGGUAACCGCGAAAGCCACAACAGACCUAGCGAACCACCCUGUAUCACCUUUUGAAACAGUUGUGUUUGUGAUAACAGUAAAUCUUGGGUUUCUGCAGACUUCAGUGUUUCCGAUUGGCAGGAAGUUUACAGAUUAAUAUUUCCCAUUCACCAGUUCGAACAGCCCUCUGCCAUCAAUAGGUGCAGUCUGUCCUGCACAGUCUCAUCACUACAAGAAGGUAUCUACCCAAACUUGAAUUCAACAGAUUAUAUUCUUUGUCCAAUAUUGUGUGAGAGAAGGAUUUCGGAAAUUGAAGUAGAUUUUGUGGGUAAGGACCAUUAUAAUUUCGUUAACAGGUUAAUGACAUUAACGUCUUGUGACACUCAGGUACCUUUUUAUUCUCUCCAGGCUGAGCUCAGGUUUAAAUAGGUUCCUUAUUAGCAUGUUCUUCCAUUUUUUUUUUGGAUCCUAAACUCUGCAUUUUCACGGAGCUGAACAUUGAGAAACACAGGGUGAAAAUGAUGAGUAAAAACAAAGUCGAAUGAGCUUCCAGAAGUGGUGGAUGUAGGUACAGUUACAAUGUUUAAAAGACAUUGGGAUAAGCAUGUGAUUAAGAAAUAUUUGGAACGAUAUGAGCCAAACAUAGGCAGGUACGACUAGUUUAGUUUGGGAUUUUGGUCAGCAUGGAGUGGUUCAAUUGAACCAAUUGGCUCUGUUUCCAUGCUCUAUAACUCAAAGCUUGUGAUUAUGUUGAGUUUUACUAGUCACAGGGUGGCCAGACAUUUGUCCCCUGGCAGUGUAUGAACCCAGACCACUAUCAAUGCAUGACCUCUGUCGGUUUGCAAACCCCAUUCGGUGCCACCUCCCACACUAUACCCAACCUUUUCCUGGAUGGUGUCAAGCUUCUUCAGUGUUUCUGAAGCUCCACUCAUAUAUCCCCCUUCCCCCACCACCUUCCCCAUAUUAUUCCAUCAUGCUCCUGACUUACUGAUGCAGAAGACAGAAGUGGUCAAAUGGCCCAUUCCGAUGUCUAACUUGUAUGUUUGUCUCAAAUGUAUAUUGUUUUCCACCCCAAUAAAAGAGGUGAGAAAGGGUGUUGUGGUAUGCUGGUAUAAAAUCCAUAAAAUCAGGCUGUUUGCCCCAUAGGGUCCAUACUCACCCUUCAUAGGGCAUCCAACCCAUCUCUGAAAACCAGCCUUUCCCACGGUUAGCCGGCACAUCCCUGGACACUACAGGCCAAUUUAACAUGGCCAAUCCACCUUAACUGCACAUCUUUGGGCUGUGGGAGGAAAUGGGAGCACCCGAAUGAAACCCGCACAGACACAAGGAGAAUGUGCGAACUCCAAAUAGAAAGUUGCCCGAAGGUGCAAUUGAACCCAGUCCCUGGUGCUCUGAGCCUGAACUGGCUUGGUGGUUAGCACUGGAGCAUUGGUAUUAUCCCUACUUCUGGCCCAGGAGGUUGGGUUUCAAGUUAUCCUGUUCCAGAGGUGUGUAAAAACAUUGAGCAGGUUGGUUAGAAAAUAUUUUUGUUCCAAAAUUAAGGUUGAGAUUUUUGUUUUGAUUGUAACAUGACAAAGCAGUUCCCUUUAUUAAGUACCAACAACGUGGUGUUAUACAGUACAGAGCUUGUCAUAAGCCAAAAUUUCUCCAGUGUUUCCUCCGAAAUUUAAGUUUGGUCCUGAACUAUAAGUAGAUACCAGAAGAAAAAAAACUUGUUUUUUUUUGUGAUUUAAAAACUUGGUUGGUUUGAAGGAGAGAGAGUUGGAAAGGCUUAGGAAGGGAAUUCUAGCACUUGUGAAGCGGAAGCCAGUGUGGUUCAGAGAGAACGGGUGCAGUGAUGUGAAUCUCUCACUGGACUUGCACUUGGAAUUUCAGUCUUAUGCUCAAGAGUUCAAGCUAUUAGGCGUGAUACCCAACCCAACCAGUUUUAACUCUGUACGUGGUAAAGGGCCCAGAUAGAAUUCUAGCCAGACUGAGCUUGCCACAUGUCACGAUUUACCGGCACUUUAAUCAAAGUUGUGUUCAUUAUUGAAAAUAAAGGAAGUUUUGGGAGUCUGUCGUCAAGUUCUGGGUGCCUCAGAGCACUGAGUGCCACAGCAUCGCCACCCAUGAAUUAACAAUGUAGCAGAACUCCUGGUCAGUUUUCACUGCUACUCCUCCCUGCUGUCAUAUCCAUGAGAUAGUCAAAGGGCCUUGACUCCUGUUGCUGUUAGCCCAGCAUCCUUUACCAUAUUAUAGAAGUGUCCUUGCUUCUGGAGCAGCUCAAAGGGACUGUCAAAUUCGAUUAUUCUUCCAGCAUCCAAAACCAU